AUGUUAAGAUGCCUCCCGAAAGCUAACCACCACACCCGUCGGGCAGCACGACUCGUGCAGCGCCGACCGCUCCAUGUCUCCGCGCCUUCUGCACUCUCUGCACCCGCCUCGCUGCAGCAACUACUCGACGAGUCUUCAAGCAGCAUCGGCGAUUCUCGUACUAGGAUGGUAACGGAGCUCCUCAACUCUCUCAAUCGCGUCAGCAGUGCGUCGCGGGUAUGGGCCCACUACGUUGGCUUGCUAAACGUCCUCCGAGACGAGAAAUUGCCGGUAGAGGUGCACCAGGAAGUUCUACGAAAAUGUACCCCGAAGACGGCGGAAGUCCGCUUGGCUGCAGCCCGUCGGUCGGCCUUGGACGCCAGAUUGAGGGUUCCCCACCUACAGGAAGGGCGUUUUCGGACGGUUAUACGGAAUAUACGUGCAAUGGGGGAAACGCCUGCGCUGGAGGAUUACCACUUUAUACUGGAGCAAUUUGCUGCUGUGGGGCAUUAUAAGGGAGCCAUGGAGAUAUACAAGGAGUUGCAGAUGGUCGGGUUAACACCAAGAAGCAAAACGUUCGGUCUGUGCCUCCAAACUCUAGCCCACCGGUUGACCCUCCCUAUGUCCAACGACGACCGCGAAUCCCUCGUCGCCCAGAUACGCGACAUGCACGGAUUGCUUCUGGCUGAUAUGACGAAGCUUAAAGCGGGGUUGUACUCCGUUAACUUCGACAUCUCUGUUCGCCUGCUAAAGGAAACUUUGGACUUGGAAGCUUGCGAACGACUACUGAAGCUAGGUUAUGGCAUAGAUCUGAACAACCCGGAUCGUCCUGUGUUGGAGUAUCUCCACGACCCUAGUACCGUCGCUGACCCACUCUUUACGCAACUCCCGGGUCCACAACGUUUCACCACCGCCGGGUUGAACACUGUCAUAGACCUUCUAGGACGCUUGGGUGAAGUCUCGAAGAUGGUACAAACCUUCGAGGUAUUGACAGAACCACUACCCUCCCGAGCUACCCAACAUUUCUCUUCAACAUUUGACGACGACGAAGACGACUACAGCUCAUCUAUAUCCCCACCUACGCCCCAGCAUGUUCCACUUCCUUCCGCCUCACCCAACACCACUACCUACAAUACGCUUAUCCGACACCUAUCUAGAGCUGGCCACCCCCUCCUUGCGCGACAUUACAUUCUGCAAGCAAUGGAAUUAGACCGGGUAGCGGAUCGCAAAAUCCGUGGACAACUUGCAUACGGAUUACCUUCAGAGCAGGUCCCGUCCCUCCACUUUGCGAUCAAUAGAGGUACCCUUAUCCCGGUUCUGGGUGAGGCCAAUCGGGACAAGAACGUUGCUUUGAUUCGCUGGCUACAGUCAAAGCUUCCGAAGAUUCUUCGUCGGAAAAGAAAUGACUUGGCGUUCUAUAGCGCGUACAAGGAUCAACUUAUCGAGGAACCUGCUGUGGAACCAUCUUCUGAACAGGAUGUUCCGUCAACAGAAAGCGGGGAGCCUCUUCCAACGAUGCGCGAAGCAGUGGACUCCGCUGGGAGUUGGAGCGGGGGUUCUACGUCGGCAGAUUCUGCAGAAAGUCGGGAUAGGCUCACGAGUGAAGUAGACGCGACUCUGGAUCUCUCAAGGCAAGGGAGAUCAUCAGCAGACUCUAUGGAAAGACCCCCUCCCCCGUCAGCUUUCUUCGUUCCAUCGUCCUCUAAAUCAUCUCCUACCUCCGUUCUUGACCUGGACCUCGAUGCUCCCCCAGUUGUUGCCCCUCCGAUAGUGAAGUAUUUCAAUAUCGACCUGCACCUACAACUCUUGGCACGCGAUAUCAGAGAGAUCGAGGAAUUCUCCGUGGUCGUUGAGAACACCCUGGGGCGAAUUACCCAAAGACUGAAGGAACGCCUUGGUCGCCGCGUCUGGUCAUCGAAAGACAUCUGGCUGCGAUCUGUGAAUCGUCGAAUGCAAGUGAACAAACCGAGCUUCGUGGCGGAGGUUAAUUACCGACCUAAAGUCGAAAAGAAAACGGUACCCUCCAAACGGAUUCCUCUGAGGCCCAUAUCAUCCCGUUUCGCGAGACCGGGACUGCAGUCCCCUCCGGGUAUUGCUUCGAUACACACAGCUGCUUCGGAUAGAGUAGUUUACGAUCGGACGUCAUCUUUGUCGGACUGGGUUUUGUCAAUAUGGAGAUGA